GAUUUGGAAGACACAAUUCUCGGAGUGAGACGAAUUCCACCCAGAAAUCGUAACAAGCAACGGGAUGCGGAUCGGGAGAUCAAUACAGAUAUUUCUGGUCUCAUGUCCACCAAGGCCGAACGUUACGUAAGAACCUGGAUGCACACGGCACAGCCAUUGGAACGUGAAUUGGCCGUGGAGUUUUUCGCCAAAUUUCGACAACAGACCAAGGAACCGAGUGAAUGUGAAAAGCGAUUUGUCGAAUUGAAGGAAGAUAUGAAAAGCAAUCGUUUCCGAUUUAUUAUUGCUUUCCCCCACCCUCCAAUUACAAAUCCGGUACGGGACAGACGUAAAGAGGCGUUGAGCAUGCCUCGAAAUCCGUUAUUCUCGCACGGAGACGGUUCGACACAGCUCAAGCACUUGCAGCUACUCUCACCCGAGCAAAGACGGGAUCGUUGGAUGUCUCAAACGUGGCAUCAUUUGCCACCAUAUCGGAUCAGUAAAGAGGCCGCGGAACGGGACUGUCGACAGUCACAUUACAACCAACCACGCAAACCGAUGCCACCCUAUUAUGUCAUUCAUCCGGACAUGGAAUAG